GGCGUGGUUCUCGGCUGCUUUAGGGGUCAGCAAAUGAGCGGUAGAUCGGCGCAAAAGGAACGGCUUUCAGCUGCUUUAAGGGUCAGGAAAGAAGCUGCUGUUAGGGCUCACCGAAGAAGAAGCAGCAAAUAGAGAUAAGUUCUGCUGAUGCACUGGCGUGAAGACCAAAGGUUCAUGCCAAAACUUGUAUGACAAAUUUUGUGCAGAAAAAGGAUAAACUGACGUAGAAAGAAGUAGAUUCAAGCCACAGAUCCCAUCUUUUAAAUAGCUUGUUUCUCCCGUGAAAGACUUAAAGGCAAAGAUUCUCAAGUGAAUUUUCUGCAAAAGUGAAUAUGAAGGAACAAUAUGCGGAUCAUCAGUUUAUUGAUAGUCCCUUGAUGAGCUCAUAUGGCACAAGUACUCCAGCCAGACACUCUUCUCUUUCUGAGACUGCCAGCUGCCUUCAUAGUCCACCUUCCUCAUAUGACUCCCCCUCCUUCAAAAACAAUAAAUGGGAUUCAGAGAUGGGAAACAAGAAAAAGCUUGGGAGGAAAAGCAGCAGUUUUGUAUACAGGAUUCGGGAGCAUGUGAAACUGGGGCCAAAGUUGUCUGAAACUGUGAAGGGAAAGCUGAGUUUGGGGGCAAGAGUUGUUCGAGAAGGAGGGAGGGAGAAUAUAUUCAGGCAGGUGUUUGGAAUGAGCCAAGGAGAGCAGAUGUUGAAAGCCUCGCAAUGCUACUUAUCAACAACAGCCGGCCCUAUUGCAGGGCUCCUCUUUGUUUCCACUGAGAAGGUUGCCUUCUGCAGUGAAAGAUCCAUCACCAUUUCUUCCCCUGACGGCCACUUCAUUACUACACCUUACAAGGUUCUGAUACCAGUAAGGAAGAUUCAAAGAGCCAACCAAAGUGCGAAUGUGAACAACCCUGCCCAGAAGUACAUAGAAAUAGUUACUGAGGAUAAUUUUGAAUUUUGGUUUAUGGGAUUCUUACGCUAUGAGAGAGCUCUCUGCAAUCUUCAAAAGGCCAUUUCUAUGGCCAACCAAAUAUAACUAUAUAUAGAUAUAUAAGUGAAGGAGAUCUAGAAAAUUCCCCAGGAAAAGCUUGUAUAAUUUUGUUAGAUUAUAUGAUUCAUAGCUGGGAGGGUACUUGGCCCUUGAUGUGUAGGCCUUUGUUGUGUUAGGAAAUGAAAGUUUAGGGUAAAAUAGCACUUAAAUUACAAUAUACUCUGAGCUAGGCCCCUCAUUUUUUUU